AUGGGGUUCGCUUCAUCAUCUCGUGAAGGGAAGUUAAAGAUGAUGAAAACCUCGAACACUAGAAAGACUACGCGAAAGCUAAAUCGUAUGGCCAAGAAGAAAAAGUUGUCGAGGGCUGUGAUCGAUGAAUUCAAAGAUAUCAAAGCGAGGAAGUCGAAGGACUCGCGAAAGCGUGCCGUCAACGUGGAAGACGAUUGGGUUGCGGAUCGUGAAGCUCAAUUUGACGAAGAAGCUGAGGACACACUUCCACUGGAUAUGCUUGACGCGGAUAUUGACUGGGAGAACAGCGCGUUUGCAGGGCUUAAAAGAAGGCAUGAUGAGAAGUUAAAAGCGGAAGAAGGAGACAGUGCCGGUGAUGUCGAUAUUGAAAUGAAAAAACGGAAGUUCGAUGGACAGAUAGACGACAAUCUGGAGGAGAUGUUGCCUAUCAAGCUUAAGGAUGGAACGCUUAUUCGUCCGACGCGUGAAAAGAAGAGCGAGGACAGUUCAGAUGAGGAGCAUGAACAAGGCAGUGUUGAUGAAGAGGUCAAACCAGAAAUGGAGGUAUAUAAGCUACGAGAUCUUUUCCAUUUGUGUCAGGGAGAGAAAGUCCAUUCACUGGUACGUGAGAGCGUCCAGAAGCUGGCUGUGGUCAGUAUCCUUCAAGUCUUCAUUGAUAUUAUUCCCGGAUAUUCUAUUCGAGAACUUACGGCUGAGGAGAAGAAACAGAGGGUGAAGAAGGAGACGAAACGCUUGCAAACGUUUGAGGAGUCGUUGCUACGAUACUAUUUAAAGUUCCUGCAGUUCUGUGAGAAGAUGACCGGAAGGCUUGACGCGAAAGGUCGAAAAUUGAGUGAGGACUCUUUCUCGUACAAACUGGGAAUGUUGUGCUUGAAGUCCAUGUGUAGGCUUGUUAUAGCUGCGCCUCAUUUCAAUUACGCUACUAAUAUAAUGUCGUCACUAAUCCGUCUGUCGUUAUCUAGUCAUUCAACCGUAGUAUCUGAAGUGUGCGAUACGCUGAAUCGAGUAUUUCGCGAAGAUCUUCAUUUACGUAUGUCACUGUUUGGUGCGCGGAGUAUUGCUUCACUUGUCACCAAACGCAAGGGGCACGUUCCUCCUCAGCUAAUUGCCACAUUCCUUUCGCUAAAUAUCAAGGAAGUAAAAAAUGAAGAUAAGAAGUCCGGGAAAGGUCGAAUUUUCGCGAAAAGAGCCCUGAUCAAAAAGGAGCGCGCCAACAAAACUGCAAGGAAGUACAAAAAGCAGCUUGAUAAAUUGGAAGCCGAUUUGAAGGAGCUCGAUGCAGCGGAGACUUUAUCUACAAAGCUGAAAACGGCUACCGAAACCAUGAAACACGUGUUCCAAUGCUAUUUUUCUGUUUUGAAACGAGUGCCAAAUGUAGCCCUACUCGAACCAGUGCUGGAAGGUUUGAGCAAGUUCGCUCAUCUUUUGGGAGUAGAAUUCUUCGAAGAUAUAGUGUGUACCAUGGAAAAUCUUGUGGACAAAGAGCAUUUGCGAAUUUUGGACCAGUUGUAUUGCAUUAAUACGGUGUUUGUAAUUCUUUCUGGAGAUGGACAACUUCUAAAUGUCGACCCCUCACGAUUUUACCGUUCUGUUUAUCGUUUGCUUAAUCAGUUGCCGUUCGAGAAAAAGUCCGAAGUCAGGAGAAAACAUAUGGUCAUGGUUUCAAGAGUACUCGACACAAUGAUUAACGAGCGACGAAAGCAGUUACCCUUAUCGCGAGUGGCUGCAUUUACGAAACGUAUCUUGGCCAUAGCAACUGUCAUGGAUGAUCCCUCCGCUUUGUGCCUCGUUGCACUCGUACGGAGCUUCUUCAUUGCCCAUGCGAAACUUGUGCAACUUGUAGAAGAAGAUGAUUCGGAAGGGGGUGCCGGAGGUCUAUUUCGCUGUGACAUCGACGACCCUGAUGUUUCCAAUGCGAUUGGUAGUACCGUACGCCCCGAACUCAAAAUGCUAACACGGCGACGACAUCGUUCAUUGAGCCAAUUUGCUCAGAAUAUCCUUCAUUCAGUACCGUCAACAGGUCCAUUGAAACUAAAUCCCCAGCUGACAUCCAUGUAA